GAAAAACUUCGCUUCCCAGAAUGCCUCGCGCUUCUCCUGUCCCGUCUCGGGCGGCUGAGGUUCUCAGUGUGUGUAUGUGUGCUCGAAGUGGGAGCGGCGAUAAUGAGAUGCGUGUGAAACCACCCAGUCCCGGGACGAGACGGAGCUUCUCAUAGCUGCAGGCAAUACGUAACACUUCAAAAUGCUGCAGACUACUGUUGUGAACCCAACGCUUUUGUUCACUGUAUUUGUAGAAUUUUUGUUCCUACCCUUCAUGAGAUGAACAUCUUCCAAAAAUGAAAACUCGUAGACCAUUGAGGGUUAUCUUAUUUUAUUGUCUCCGUGAAUUGGAACAAGAACUUCUGAAAAGGGAAUAGAUUCCUCUGAGACUGUACUUGUGAAACAGGACACUGUCUGCAUUUUUAAAAAAAAACAACACCUGACAAGGGUUUCAAUGUAAAUUGUAAUUGUGUGUAUGUUGUUGAAUCUGAACCAAACCUAAGGUUGUUUCCAAAGUAGUGAAAUGAAGAGUUUGUGUGAAAAAACAAUGUCUAUUUCAGUUUCUGAAGCGAACAAUUUCAUAAUGAUGUAAGCCUCUCCCAACAUCUGGAUGUGGUGCUAAAGGCAAAGCAUUUUUGAUCAGCUGAUGUGAAUGCUGUGCUAAGAGGACUUUUUAUUAAAUAACUCUUGUCCAAAGUAAUCUUAAAGAUCAUCAUGCACAGAAUGAAAUGGAAAAUGAAGAUGACUUAGGCAAAAGGACAUUUUCUUGAAUUUUUCAAGACAAACGUGAGAUUACGCUUGCAAACUUGUGGGGGGAAGAACACAAAUAUUUUUUGUGACUAUUAAACAGGUCUUGACGGAUUUAAAUCAAGUCAGAUGUCAUCAAACGAAUCUUCUCCUCCAUCCUUACAGAAGCUUUCCCCAUCUGUGUCUCAUGCUGCUGCUCCACCUACCCCUUUAUCUUCAAGUCCACAAUCUGGGCUCUCGGGCCGGCUGUCUAAUGGCAGCUUCAGCACACAGAGCCUCACCAACUCCAGGGGCUCUGUGCAUGGAAUCUCCUUCCUGCUACAGAUUGGUCUCACUCGGGAGACUGUUACCAUUGAUGUUCAAGAUCUCUCCCUUUCCGUUGUCAAAGACCUAGUGUGCUCUGUAGUUUAUCAAAAGUUACCAGAGUGUGGCUUUUUUGGCAUGUAUGAUAAAAUUCUCCUGUUUCGCCAUGACCUGAACUCGGAAAACAUUUUACAGCGAAUUACAUCGGCUGAAGAGAUACGUGAAGGUGACCUCAUUGAGGUUGUUCUCUCUGCCUUGGCUACAGUUGAAGAUUUUCAGAUUCGGCCUCAUAUGCUUUAUGUGCAUUCUUACAAAGCCCCCACGUUUUGUGACUAUUGUGGAGAAAUGCUUUGGGGCUUGGUACGACAAGGAUUGAAAUGUGAAGGAUGUGGAUUAAACUACCACAAGCGGUGUGCUUUCAAGAUCCCAAACAAUUGCAGUGGAGUGAGAAAGAGGCGUCUUUCUAAUGUGUCUUUACCUGGAGCUGCACUUUCAGUCCCAAGACCAGUACAAACGGAAUCAGCCACAGCCACAGAAGAGCGUAAUCCAGAACCCAGUAAGAGGAUUCCCUCCUGGAGUGGGCGUCCAAUUUGGAUGGAAAAGAUGGUCCUCUGCAGGGUGAAGGUUCCACAUACCUUUGCUGUCCAUUCUUACACUCGACCCACCAUAUGCCAGUACUGCAAACGGCUGCUGAAAGGUCUUUUCCGCCAAGGAAUGCAGUGUAAAGAUUGCAGAUUUAACUGUCACAAACGUUGUGCCUCUAAAGUACCUAAAGAUUGUCUUGGAGAAGUAGUUUUCAAUGGAGAACCAGCUAGUCCAGGUCAAGAUAUUGACAUGCCAAUGGAGGUUGACAGCAGUGAAAUGAACAGUGAUGGUGGUAGGAGCUUGGAUGAUGUGGAAGAACCUUCUCCUCCAGAAGACAAAAUGUUUUUUAUGGAUCCAGCAGAUCUAGAUGGGGACAAAGAUGAAGAAGCUGUCAAAACCAUCAGCCCAUCAACGAGCAAUAAUAUUCCAUUAAUGAGGGUUGUGCAAUCAGUCAAACACACCAAGAGGAAGAGCAGUACCAUGGUGAAGGAAGGAUGGAUGGUCCACUAUACUAGCAGAGACAAUCUGAGAAAAAGACAUUACUGGAGGCUGGAUAGCAAAUGUCUUACGCUAUUUCAGAAUGAAUCUGGAACUAAGUAUUAUAAGGAGAUUCCACUUUCUGAAAUUCUCCAGGUGACUCAGCCUCGGAACUUCUCAAAUGCAGUUCAGGGCAGCAAUCCUCACUGCUUUGAGAUCAUCACGGACACAAUGGUGUACUUUGUGGGCGAGAACAAUGGCAGCAACCAUCACAACCCGGUUUUGGCAGCUACCGGUGUUGGACUGGAUGUAGCACAGAGCUGGGAGAAAGCUAUUCGUCAAGCGCUGAUGCCGGUCACGCCGCAGGCUAGCAUUUGCACUGCUGCAGGACAAGGGAAAGAUCACAAAGAACUAUCUGUCAGUAUUUCUGUUUCAAAUUGCCAGAUCCAAGAAAAUGUGGAUAUCAGUUCUGUAUACCAGAUCUUUGCUGAUGAGGUGCUAGGUUCUGGUCAGUUUGGUAUUGUGUAUGGAGGAAAACAUAGGAAGACUGGAAGAGAUGUGGCAAUUAAAAUCAUUGAUAAAAUGCGAUUUCCUACUAAACAGGAAAGUCAGCUACGCAAUGAAGUGGCCAUUUUGCAGAAUUUGCACCAUCCUGGGAUUGUAAACCUGGAAUGUAUGUUUGAAACUCCAGAAAGAGUUUUUGUUGUGAUGGAAAAACUUCAUGGUGAUAUGCUGGAGAUGAUUCUCUCUAGUGAGAAAAGCCGGCUCCCUGAAAGAAUCACAAAGUUCAUGGUUACCCAGAUACUUGUUGCUUUGAGGAAUUUACAUUUCAAGAAUAUAGUGCACUGUGAUUUGAAACCUGAAAAUGUACUAUUAGCAUCAGCUGAGCCAUUUCCUCAGGUGAAGCUGUGUGAUUUUGGUUUUGCGCGCAUUAUUGGCGAGAAGUCUUUCAGGCGUUCUGUUGUGGGAACCCCAGCUUAUCUUGCCCCUGAGGUGCUUAGGAGUAAGGGCUACAAUAGAUCUCUGGAUAUGUGGUCAGUGGGGGUCAUCAUCUAUGUGAGCCUUAGUGGUACCUUCCCAUUUAAUGAGGAUGAAGACAUAAAUGAUCAGAUCCAAAAUGCUGCAUUUAUGUAUCCACCAAAUCCGUGGAAGGAAAUAUCUAGUGAAGCCAUCGAUUUGAUAAACAAUUUGCUUCAAGUGAAGAUGAGAAAACGUUACAGUGUUGACAAAUCUCUUAGUCACCCUUGGUUACAGGAUUAUCAAACUUGGCUUGAUCUUCGAGAGUUUGAAACUCGUAUCGGAGAGCGUUACAUUACACAUGAGAGUGACGAUGCUCGUUGGGAAGAACAUGCGUAUGAACACAACCUUGUAUACCCAAAACAUUUCAUUAUGGCUCCCAAUCCAGAUGAUAUGGAGGAAGACCCAUAACUAUUCCCUAGGGAAAGGCACUUAAAUUAAACCAAUACUGAUAUUUUGCUGGAGCAAGUGUUGCUCUUUGCUGUUCAGGUGAUUCAGUCUACAAAGCAAUGAAGGAUCAUGCAUCAGUUUGUGGAUGGACUAGAUGAUCUGGAAAGUCUUUCUUCAUCUCUAGUUUCUGCGACUAUGAAUGUGAUCCAGUGCUGGGUUAAAAGCCAUGAAGUAUUUGUAUAACAUUGCCUUACCGGUACAUCACAGUGAUGUUACUGACUGAAGAAGUGCACAGAGAUUCGAUUCAGUGUGUGAAUUUUCCAAGUUUUUUGUAGUUUACACAGUAACAAAACAGUUUUUAAUGGUUUUCUAGUCCCUGUCUGUUAACCCAUAGAAUACUAUUUUCUGGUAUUUAGAUACACCUGUUAGGAAGCUGUAAAAACCAACAAUCUUAAACUAUAUACCAUGACCAAAUAAUUACAGAAAUGCUUGAUUUUAAGGCGCAUACAAAACACUGGUAGAGUAUCGUGGUGUGCACAGAACCAGUGCCUGCCGGUUCGAAGGUGGGGAGAUCUCUUUAAGGAUGGGGGAGGAUGCUCUUAUCCCUCCUGCUGCCUUUCCCGGCUGCCUUUUAAAAUGGUCCAAGCGUACCUCCUUGCCGCCCCGGUGCCUCCUCGGACCGGAUGUUGCCACUCUGCAUGUGCACGUUGCAGUCGCUCUCGCGCACGUCACAACGUGAACCUGAGCAGUAGUCACUUCCAGUCCAAGGAGGCACUGGGGUGGCAAGGAGGUUUGUUGCUGCCCCACCAGAUCGUUUUAAAAGGCAGCACCGGAGGGUGAAAUGCGGCGGGUGGGGUCUCCCCUAUCCUUAAAGAGAUUCCCCCCACUUUUGAAUCGGCCAAACUGCCGGUCUUUUGAACUGGUUCAGAGGCCCAUAAAGGAUCUCCAGACCGGUUCUGUGCACAUCUCUAGUAGAGUAUUUAUUUAGCAGAUAUGACUUGGAUAAGCAAUAAAAGUGAAGGGAGCCGAUAUUGUUGAUUACUUCAAGAUUUGACUAUUGGAUCCUUCAGCAUAAUUAGAGCAGUCUGGAUGUGUGGAGAUACAGUGUAGCAAAAGUGCAUCAUAUUCCCACUGAAUAGUGACACACUGUUUUAACCCUUCCAUUUGAAUUAGGGGAGCAAUAAACUGCAAUAUAAAUUGGGUGAGUACUGUAUGGCAGAUGGUGGUAUGACUUUGUUUCAGUGGUUUUGCGGCUUCAUUUCUCUGAGGGCCAGGAUCAAAAGAUGCAACUUGCAUACAGGAGGAGAAAAAAAUCCUUGCUCCUCUUGUUACUGUUGGCAUAACUGUUUUCAUUUGCUAGACACAAGCUGCUGUUCAGUUUAAAAGAGCAACUUCUCUCUUUAGCAGUGGGAGCUGCUGUGCCAGAAACAAUGAAUUGACACUCUGGCUGUGUGGACAGUUCUCUCUCACUUGUACAUGUCACAUUUUUGGUCCCUGACCAAGUAGCACACAGUGCAUGCCUAAGAGCUUAUGUAGUUCUCCUUGCAUUGUGAAAACUGUAGUGGGAAGUUACAGUAAAGAUGGAUGCCCUUGUGACAAACAAAACAAACCCCUUUUGUGUUCACAUGUUCAUUUCUGGUCUGAGAGAAUGACCUGUCUGCAGCAGUUUAUCCUAAAAAAGUCAUAUGAUGUUGAAGAUCUGUGAUCAGUGCCUCCACAACCUGUGAUUAGCUCUGCGGGGUGGUGGGGUGGGGGGAGAUGUGCAAGAUGCUGUUGUGCUCUUUUCUGCUCCUGCUGCAGAGCUAACAGCAGCUUUGAGAGGUGAUUUAUGCUGGGGAAAGGAUUUGGGAACAUAGGAACAUGGGAAACUGCCAUAUACUGAGUCAGACUAUUGGUCUAUCUAGCUCAGUAUUGUCUUCAUAGACUGGCAGCGGCUUCUCCAGAGUUGCAGGCAGGAAUCUCUCUCAUCA